GAGCAAUCAGUUCGGGACUUUAUACUCUACGCACUUCUUUUCUAUCUCCUUUCCCCUUUCUUCCACAACCCCAUAUCUCAACCCACGUCAUGUCCCCUUCAAUCUCCAUUCUCAAUCAACCACAUCCCCCCGCCCUCGAACCAUUUCGGGCUACCGUUCCCCCGGUGCUGACCCGGUUGCUGCAUCAUCCCGAAUACUUUCCCAUCCGCACCUGGUCACGCAUUUUCAAGUCCGACUCAGGUGAGGAUGGCUAUUUUGCCAGGACACUAGCCUCCCCAUUGACGAUUCCCCAUGUCUGCACCCUUCGUCGCCAACCGGAACUGCUCGCACCCCUCCCUGAUAUUGCUCCUGUCUGGCCCGCUCCCAACUCGGUGUCUCAGAUUGAGAACCCUGAUCUCUACUUUGUCCUGCAGCUAGCCACGCCAGGGAUCUCCGGGCAUCCCUCCACCGCUCAUGGCGGUCUGUUGGCGACCUGCAUCGAUGAGGCCAUGUCCUAUGCCGUCGCAUUGCACGCCCCCGAGACAGGCGCCGCCGGCGCUCUCUCCGCCCACCACCCGCGCGGCAUGCUGUACACUGCCCAGCUGGACAUUCGUUAUCGCGCACCCGUCGCCGUCCCGGGCUAUGCGCUUGUCCAGGCCAAGGUAUUGGCGCGGGUAGGUCGCAAGUUCUGGGUGCAUGCUCAAAUCCUACAGCCAGGCGAGGCGGACGAGGACCCGCUCCGCGUCACAACCGAUGCAAUUGCCUUUUGGCUUCAAACGAAAGCAGCCUUGUGAAUUGCGUGGCGUCUCAGGUGCGGUUCUAAAGAGUUCAAGGCCUCGCACAGCAAAG